AUUGAAUUUGUGCGUAAUGUCACAUGUUUAUUUUGGCUUUAGGAUAUUGUAUAAUAAUGUAUUAAAACCAGUUGCUGUUUGUGAUAUUUUUGGACGUCGUGUAGAUUCUUCUAAAACUCGCUUACGACCUGUUUGGCGUACUUUCGGGGGGUGUGUGUGUACAAUAAUAUGUAUAUUUUAGCGUAGUUAAUAAACCGGCUAAGCGAUACGUUUUGUAAGAACCAUCCAUUCGGCUGAAUAGCAUUCCGUCUUUGUAGCCGAUGUUGGUGCGGGAUGAGAACUCCAACCUUAAUCCCCAAAAUCACUUUGGCUGAUAGGUCCUCAUGGUCGUUAGUCUGGUUUAUUUUUUACUUAAGAAGCUGUUUCUCAGUGAUUUUUAAAAUUCUUGCUAAAACAGUGGAUGUCAUUCACACUUUAUUGAUUCAGUUAAACUUUUCUCAUUGAUUUGUUCAAAAUUCUGAAUGUCACUACUGUUCAUGCCACUUUCUAGGUUCCGACUCGUUCUGAAUUAAUUUAGUAAUGAAUGUAGAAAAUUCACAAUUUGUGAAAUGGGCUUCAGUCAGUGACGAUCGUUUAUGUGCCAUGUGCUCAGAAAAUGAGUUUAAGUACAAAUGUCCAAAAUGUGAAGUAAAAACUUGUAGUCUUACAUGUUGUAAUGAUCAUAAAGCACAGUUGGAUUGUACGGGCAUAUGUGAUACCAUUACCUAUUGUCGGAAGGAGAAUUAUUCAAUGUUUCUCUUUCAGAAAGACUAUAGAUUACUAGAGGAAAUUGACAGAAAAAAUGCUUACAGAGAAAAACAACUUUUAUCGCUAUCCCAUCGAAAUACUGGAAGGAUACGUAGAAGGAACCAACUAGUAAAGUUAGCCAAUGAAUAUGGUAUAACACUUCGACUCGCACCAACACUUAUGCUGUCACGUACAAAAGUCAACAAAACCCGUGUCCAUAUACAAAAAGACGAACCUAAAAGUAUUUUGUGGAGCAUAGAAUUUAGUCUUAUGUCUUUAGGAGAAGCUUCAGAUGUAACUUGUAUUACCAGCCAUUCGAAAUCAAUACGUCUGGUCGUACAUGAUCAAGAGCAACUGACACGUUUAUGUACUAUAUGGAACGAUCAUAUACUUAAUGUAUCAUCUGAACGGCAAGAUAUGCUGAUUACCUAUUAUCCCCCUGGUUCACCUCCUUUUGGAAAAGUUUCAUCAUGGUUACAUUCCAAAACAAGCCGAUCUUGUGAUUCCAAUGCCAAGAUUUAUUUCUAUGUACAUGUCCAAGAAAAUGGUAUUGAACAAGUAAGCAAAGAUAUCAAAACAACAACAACUCUUCAGAAUAAUUAUGUGGAAGUACUCUCAACGAGAAGAUUGAUUGAUAUACUAAAAAUUCCUGGCUUUGUCAUUCAUGAAAUGCCAAUAAUUUAUGUCUCAAAAAAAGACUUGACAAAUAAAAAUACAAACCAAUAGGUUAUUAUUUAUUUUUAUCUCGUGUGAUAGGGGUAUUUAUGCCUCCUAGUGUGCACAUUCUCCUCGUUAUUAGAUUACAAAUGUUUUUUUACUGCAA